AUGCACGAUCCCACCACGGCAAGCGGAAAGGAGAACUUUGUCGACGUCCUUAUCAUCGGCGCCGGGAUAUCUGGUAUAAAUGCAGCGUAUCGGCUCCAGACGCAGCUGCCAGAUCACAACUAUGUCAUCCUCGAAGGUCGGGGCGAAAUGGGGGGCACAUGGGACCUGUUCCGCUACCCAGGCAUCCGGUCUGACUCGGACCUGUUCACGUUUGGCUUCUCGUGGCACCCGUGGAACCAGCCCAACCCCAUCGCCGAGGCGUCGGCCAUCAGGAGCUACAUGAACGACUCGGCGCGUCUGUACGGCAUCGAUCGACACAUUCUGUAUCACCACAAGGUGCGCUCCGCCUCGUACUCAUCCGCGGACAAGCUGUGGACUCUGGCCGUGGAAUACAAGGGCGCGGUGACGGCGUUUGUGACGCGGUUCCUGAUCUUCGGCACGGGAUACUACGACUACGACACGCCGCUGCAGACAGAAAUCCCGGGCAUCGACCGGUUCCAGGGCCCCGUGGUGCACCCGCAAUUCUGGCCCCAGGAGCUCGACUACUCGGACAAGAAAGUCGUGAUCAUCGGGAGUGGCGCGACGGCCAUCACGCUGCUGCCGUCGAUGGCCCGGACCGCGGCAAAAGUGACAAUGCUGCAACGCAGCCCCUCGUACAUCGUCUCGAUGCCCAACCGCUCCAAGACCAAGUCGGGUUUAUUGGCCGCGAUUCUUCCCGCAAGGAUCGUGUCGCUGCUCACGCGGUUCCAGCUGAUCGUCAAAACGCGGCUCUUCUACCUGUUCUGCCGCAACUUCCCCAACUUCACGCGGCGGCGGCUCCUGCACGGCGUGCAACAACAGAUCCCGGACACCGUGAAGGUGGACCCGCACUUCUCGCCGCGAUACAAUCCCUGGGACCAACGCCUGUGUCUGUGUCCGGACGGGGACUUCUUCAAAGCGCUGCGCAGCGGCAAGGCCGAGGUGAAAACAGACCUGAUCGACACCGUGCAAGCCGACGGCAUCCAUCUCCAAUCAGGCGAGACACUCCCCGCCGACAUCAUCGUCACGGCCACGGGCCUCAAGCUACGCCUGGGCGGCGGCAUCCGCGUCACCGUCGACGGCACCCCCUUCGACCUGGCGGGCAAGCUCAUGUGGCACAUGGUGCUGAUGCAAGACCUCCCCAACGCCGCUUUUCUCCUGGGCUACACCAACGCCUCCUGGACACUCGGCGCCGACGCCUCGUCUUUGUUCCUCACGCGCCUCCUGCGCAUGAUGCGCCGCAAGACCAUCGACGCAGUCAUCCCGCGCAAGCAGCCCGACACCACCAUUCAGCCUCGGAAGUUCCUCGACCUCAACUCCACGUACCUCAACAGGGCAGAAAAAGACCUCCCCAAGACGGGCGACCGCGGGCCAUGGAAGGCCCGCACGUACUACCUCGCCGAUCUCAUCUUCUCCAAAUACGGCCGCAUAGGGGAGUCGUUGGAGAUGGUCAAGGCUGUUUCCGGAUGA